CAGCGUGCGUCCGUCAUGACGCCGGAAGGCCACCUGAUUGGUCCGCACCGUCCACUCUCGGCGGCUUUUCUCUCGCCAAGGCCUUCAGCCACUUCUCUUUCUCUAAGCGAGCCUUCCUUGCUGGUGGCUGGAGCUGCUAGUCCGGAGGGAACGGACUGAGCGAGGCGAGGAACCAUGACAACCCUGGAUGAUAAACUGCUGGGGGAGAAACUGCAGUACUACUACAGCACCAGCGAGGAUGAGGACAGUGACCAUGAAGACAGAGACAGAGGCAGUGGAGCCCCGGCCAGCAGCUCCACACCUGCGGAGGCUGAGCUGGCAGGCGAAGGCAUUUCAGUCAAUACAGGUCCGAAAGGUGUCAUCAAUGACUGGCGCCGCUUCAAGCAGCUGGAGACAGAGCAGAGGGAGGAGCAGUGCCGGGAGAUGGAGCAGCUGAUCAAAAAGCUGUCUAUGACCUGCAGGUCCCAUCUGGACGAAGAGGAGGAGCAACAGAAACAGAAGGACCUCCAGGAGAAAAUCAGUGGGAAGAUGACUCUGAAGGAGUUUGCUACAAUGGACAAGAACCUGGAUGACGAAGAGUUUCUGCAGCAGUACCGGAAGCAGAGAAUGGAAGAGAUGCGGCAGCAGUUUCAUAAAGGGCCUCAGUUUAAGCAAGUUUUUGAGAUCCCCAGUGGAGAAGGGUUUUUAGACAUGAUUGAUAAAGAACAGAAAAGCACCCUUAUCAUGGUUCAUAUUUAUGAAGAUGGCAUCCCGGGGACCGAAGCCAUGAAUGGCUGCAUGAUCUGCCUUGCCACAGAGUACCCGGCUGUCAAAUUCUGCCGAGUGAGGAGCUCAGUUAUUGGGGCCAGCAGUCGUUUUACCCGGAAUGCCCUUCCGGCUCUACUCAUCUACAAGGCGGGUGAAUUGAUUGGCAAUUUUGUUCGUGUCACUGACCAGCUGGGGGAAGAUUUCUUUGCUGUAGACCUUGAAGCUUUCCUACAGGAAUUUGGAUUGCUCCCAGAAAAGGAAGUCUUGGUGCUGACAUCUGUGCGAAACUCUGCCACAUGUCACAGUGAAGACAGCGAUCUGGAAAUAGAUUGAACUGAUAAUCUAGUUCCAUAACUAUCUCAUUGUUUGGGCUGGAGGACACAUGUCUGUAUUUAUUUCUGUCCUUCCUGCGUCUUCUGGCUUGACAGCUGUUCUUUGUAAUCUCGUUUAGUAUAUGGAAAGUCAAGAAAUUCUUAGAUUAAAUCAGAAUGCUGACUCA